AUGAAAAGUGUUUACUUACUUUUCAGCUCUUUAGGUUGCAGACCUCGGAUCAUUGGAUUGGCACCGUGGUUUUUAAAUGACAAAGUGAGAUUAGAUGACCUCAGCCAGUCGGUGAGCAAACUGGAAGCAGUAACGAACAGUUCCCUUGAAACGGUCAGUGACCUAAUGGUGGUGCUGAAAUGUGGGAAUCGAUGCACGUGUCGCGUUGUUUCUUCUAAAACGUUCGUGAACGACUUCGAUUUUUCGGUCGUUGCUGUAAGAAUACUCUCAUCUGCGCUACGCUUUUGCCGGAAUUCUCAUUUUUUCAACGAAUAUGCCAGACCGGUGGUGGAGGCGUUUUCCAAAAUCCUGUCGAUUUUAGAGGAAUUAGGUCCGUGGUGUGCUUGGAGGACGUGCCUCAUUUAUGAACGCCAUCUGAACAAAUUGAACAAGUCCAGCGUGUCCGAACCGCACCAGUUAUUUAUCCAGCUCGGUCAGACAUACAUACGAGCGGCGAAGAAGAUCCUGGAGAAACACGUGAAGAGUGUCGACAGUGUUGCAAAACUAGAAGCGUUCGUGCCCGAUCGUGUCGUGCGUCUGCUAAAUAUUUUGAAAAGUCACUGCCCUGUGAUCGUUCCUGGUCAACUACCGAAUCCAGCGUCAGAAUUUGCCGGCGUCGUAUUUGUACAAAGGCGCUAUACUGCCUACAUCUUAAAGCUCCUUCUGAAGAAAGUGCAAUCGUGGGACGUAGAAUCUUUUGGGUAUCUGAAAGUGGACUUUAUGGUCGGUUAUUCGAGCAGCAAUUUGGCAAUGGAAGAUUCAAUGGCUUUGCAUAGGCGUCAGGAAGAGGUAAAAGCAAAUUUUCGACAGAAGAUUUUAAACUUGCUGAUAUCCACAAGCAUAUUGGAAGACGGAGUUGAACUGCGGCAAUGUAACAUUGUCGUGCGCUAUGACAUUCCGCUUGAUUUUCGUUCGUAUCUGCAAUCCAAAGGCAGGGCACGCAAGCGCGACUCGAUCUUUUACUUUCUUGUCGAUCAAGAAGUGAAGGAAGCAUUUGCUGAGAGGUUUAAAACAUUCUUGCUACUUGAGAAGGUAUGCAGUUGUUCGCUGUGAAA